AGCGAUCAAAUGGAAUAACUGGCGUUUACGUUAUUCGAAUAAACUUAACCUCGCUGUAUAUGUGCAGAACAACAUGCAAACUGUACUAACAAGUCUAUUACGAACAAAAAUACAAUUUUAUAAAUAUUUAAAACCUCGUACAAAUGUAGUAACAUAUUCUCAAUUAAGACAAAUUACGAUGUUUCCAAAUAACAAUCAAAAACAAUUUAAUGACGAUGAAAAUAUUGAAAACGAGUCACAUAACCUAGUCGGUUCGCUUAGUACCACUCAUAAAGUUUUUGAAGAUGAAAAUGCAGAAAUUAUUUUUGAUGUCAGUGAAAAACAAGAAAUGAUUAAUUUAGAAGAUUUAAGAAUUGAGGAAGAACCUCACGAUCCUUAUGAAGGAAUAAAUUUAAAACGUGGCGUAAACGGUGUGUUUGAAAUAGAAGAUCUUAUAUCAUUAUUACAAAAAAGUAAUGCCAAAAAUAUCUUUGUUACUUCUGUACCCUCUGAAUUACAAUAUGUUGAUUACGUAGUUAUAGUAACAGGUAGAUCAAAGAAGCACAUGCAGUCACUUGCUAAUUUUAUCCGGAAAGUGUAUAAAUUAAAAAAGAACAAAACAGAUUUCUUGCCAAAAAUUGAAGGAGAAGAUUCAAAAGAUUGGCUUGCUUUAGAUUUAGGAAAUAUUGUAUUGCAUAUUUUUUCAAGUUUUGCUAGAUCAUUAUAUGAUUUAGAAACAUUGUGGUCAGUUGGGCCUGAUUAUGACGAUAAAAGUAGAGGUUCUACUGACGAAGACAUUAUGGAACAAUAUAAUACGUUUUUAUCUGAUUUAGAACCAAUUGAGAAUAAUGGUGAUGAUAAAAAGAGUGAAAUGUAUAGACAAUAAAUAUAAAAGUUAUCUAAAUGAUAUAUGUUAUUUUUUAUGCACUAAGAUAUGAUCCUUAUUAAAUAAAUCCCAUACAAAAAGUAAAAUAAAAUUCUAAAA